AUGGGCUCCAUUUCUAGACCAAUUACCGAGUUUUGCCUUGAUCUCUACAAUAAGCUCAAGAGAAAUGCAGAGGACACAAACAUCGUCUUCUCUCCUAUGAGCAUCUCUGUUGCCCUGGCCCUGGUCUAUCUAGGUGCAAAAAACAACACUGCUGCUCAGAUAGAGAAAGUGCUCCAUGUGAGGAAAGCUGCAAGAAACGUGAGCCUUGGAUCUGACCUUGAGAGUGCAGCCCCAGAAAUGGAGCCAGAACUCAGCCAGGAAAGACAGUCAUCCCUCCCACAGUGUAACAAGGAUGGGGACCUUAACCAUAAAGCAUUCCAGGCACUGCUUUUACAACUGCAAAACCUUGGUGAAAGCUACGUUUUAACUCUGGCCAACAAUCUGUUUAUACAACAAGGAUUUGAACUCCGACAGCAAUUUCUAAUGUGCACUAAGGAACUGUAUGGAGCGAUGCUGCAAACAGUGGACUUCCAUGGUGCUGUUGAAGCUGCCAGAAUAAAAAUUAACACUUGGGUUGAAAGUGAGACACAAGGUAAAAUCAAAGAACUCUUUGCUCCUGGUGUGAUUGACCCACAUGCACUGCUGGUGCUGGUGAAUGUAAUCUACUUCAAAGCAUCCUGGGAACACAAGUUUGAGGAACAAAAAACAGUACAGAGAGAUUUUAAGCUGAAUCAG